AUGGGGUGGCCCGCCCAUCUCGACAAGGGGAUGUUCUGCGAGGUGUUUAUCUCAUCCACUGGCCCCCGGCCCGGGGGGUCGGCCGGACUGCCGGACACCAAGGGCUUCGGCUUCUGCUGUGCCUUCGCACACCUGGCUUCGCAGGAGGAGGCCGCGGCCGCCAUCAAGAGGCUCGACGGGCAGGACGUCAGCGUGGAGGGCGCGGGCGGUGGCGUUCAGGACUGGUCGCCAGCGCCGCGGGUGAACCACACGGGUGCCCUGCGCGGCGGCGUGGCCCGCAGCUCCAACAAGCUCACGGUGAGGUACGCGUCGAGGGACCAGUCGCCGACGCACGAGCUGGUCUGA